GGGGUGCGAGCAAGGGGAGGAGUGCAAGAAAAACCGGCAAAGUGUCUUCUUGGGGGCAGCCGGCGUGCUCUGAAGGGGUUGUGCGGCAAAGGUGACCAGCAGAGCAGGAUGAUUUUUCCCAAAUGGGAGAAGGAGAUGAGGAAGAAUAUGUUUUAGAAGAAGGAGAGUUCGUGGAAGGAGGAGGCGUAGGAGAGGAAGAGGAAGGAGAGGGAGAGGAAGGAGAGGGAGAGGAAAAGGAAGAGGAAGGAGGAGGCGAAGGAGAAGAAGAACAAGAAGAAGAAGAAGAAGAAGAAGGAGGAGAAAAAGAAGAAGAAGAAGAAGAAGAAGAAGAAAAAGAAGGAGGAGAAAAAGAAGAAGAAGAAGAAGAAGAAGAAGAAGAAGGAGGAGAAGAAGAAAUAGAGGACGAGGAUGAAGAUCCAAUGGAGGAGGACGGCAGGUGGCAUAGAGAGUUCCUCGAGUCGAGGCCUGUUCGCAGCGACUUCAAGUACUUCUUUUGGGUCAUGUAUGUCACAACUGGAUUAGCUUAUCUUCACGUCAAGACCAGCGGCAACAGUGUCUAUGUACAAAUCGGCGAAAUUUUAUUUGCAGCGCACGUGACGGAAAAAUAUCUCAUCGCGGAGUUAUGGGUCGUUAUCAAGGAGGAAACAGAAAAAUCACAAACUCCAACGACCAUGACGACGAUGGUCACGAAGGGUGGCUCGAAAGCGAGGUCGCAGCGCCCCAAAGAUGUGAUUUCUCCUCAAACCAUUGUCGGGUCUUCCGGUAGUCUGGAAAGGGGAUCCGGCACAAAGACGAUUUCCGGGAAGAUUCGUGGGAAGAAAACAGUCAUGCCGGGUCCGCCUCAUCCGGAAGGGCAACGGGAGGGGAAGGGAAGGGGAGAGGAACUCCAAGUACCCCAAGGUUUCUUGUCGAAUGAGCGCAUGGAAGAUUUGACAAAAACUUGGGAGGAGUUCAAAAGUUUGAAGGAGAAGAAACUUUCACACGAGUCCUUUUUGCUGCCGAUGAGAUGUUUGAAGAGGCCACCCCUGGUGAAUGGGAAAAUACCAAUGGAGGUGAGAGAGUCGGACGAGGACCAUGUGAAGUCCAUCAUGGACUCCAUGUUGAAGCAGCCAACUGGAGAUCAUCUUCCCUUCGUUGGCCUCGUCGACCCUGCCCAGGCCGGGCGCAAAGAAGACUAUGACAUUUUUGUGCUUGGUGAUGGCCACAGUCGGAAAGCGAGGGAGCGGUUAGCACGCAUGAACCCCGACAACGAGGAGUAUCAGUACAAUGUCUGCUAUGUUUACGUUGGCCUCAAGAUCGAUGAGGCGAGGCAGGUUGCCCACAGGCAUAACCUUGCGGCGGGUUACCACAGGGACUUGAGCUUCAUCGAGAAGCUCAGGUGCUGGUGCCAAGUCUUUGAGAGCAGGGGGUGCAUUUGGGAGCUCAUGUGUAAGAUCAUGAGCACGUGGCAGAAGGGCGAGGUCAAAGGCCAAAAACUGAAGUUGGCUGCGAGGAGCUUCUUGAAAGCGGACCAGGAUCUGGAAACGAGCGAGUUUGACGGCGCGAAGAAAAGCCAGCAUGGGAAGAGGCUUGAUAUGGCGGCUGCGAAGGAACAAGAAAUGGCGCUUCUUUAUCCUCGGGUGCAACUGCAGGGUAACAAGGUCCCCAUGGUUGCCGAGGAUAUGCCAGCGCAACACUGGAUAGCCAUGGGUAGUAUGGCUCCAGAGAACGCCGUCCCUAUCCUCCUUGAGGUCAUUGCGAAGCAGAUCUCGCUCAAGGAGAUGGAGAAGAAGUUUCAGCUUGUCAAGCAAAUCGCCUACGUCUGCAAGGCAUUCGCAGUGGGGUUGGGCGCUGCUAACUUCAAGGAGGUCGAGAAGGAGUAUCCUCUCCACACGAAGAAAGAGCUUUUGUAGAAGUUCGUUGGUGGCAUCAGAAGGGGUCAGGCGAGUAUCCCUGCACUAGAUGGCCAUAUUAAACGGGCUAC